AUGCAACCCAUCAUUCUUUACUCGCACCAGUAUGGGCCUAACCCUUGGAAGGUCGCCCUCGUCAUGGAGGAACUGGAAAUCCCAUACGAGACCAGAUUCGUCAACUUCACCGAGGUCAAGAACGAACCAUACCUGUCCCUCUGUCCCAACGGACGCCUGCCCACGAUUGAGGAUCCAAACACGGGCCUGACCCUUUGGGAGUCUGGGGCCAUUGUCAACUACCUUAUUGAGCAAUACGACAAGGAUCAUAAGCUUGGCUACACCGACUUUCAGCAGAAGCAUGAAAUCCAGCAGUGGCUCUUCUUUCAAGUCUCGGGCCAGGCUCCUUACUACGGGCAAGCCUCCUGGUUCACUAAAUUCCACCCCGAGAGGGUGCAGAGCGCCAUCGACCGCUACGUCAAGGAGAUUCACAGAGUCAACAGCGUCCUAGAGAGAGCGUUGGGCGACAAAGAGUGGCUCGUCGGUGACAAGUGCACUCUUGCGGAUCUUUCGUUUGUGGCCUGGCAGCGCUGGGCUCCCAGAUUUGGAGGAGAGGAUCUUUAUGAGAAGUUCCCCAAGGUUGGAGCUUGGAUGAAGCGCAUGGAGGCUCGGCCAACGGUUCAGAAGGUUUACGAAGAUCAGAACAAGGCUGCGGCCGCUGUGGAGGCGGCACAGGUCAACCCGGGUCCUGAGCCUCGCAAGCAGCAGUAA